CGUGUCAAACAAUCGACGACGUUGGCGUAUUCCCACGUCCCCUGAAGGCAGCGCGCUUGGAGUGACGACAUUGAAGUGAAGUUCGACGGCGGAGUUCCACUUUCAACUUCGCAACUCAAGCGCUAGGAAUUAUUUUAUUGCCGUUGUUUCUAAAUAAUAGCGUAGGUUUAAGUUGUGUUCAUUGUCGGGUCGGGUGGUAAACCUCUGGAAAGGAAAGUGCCUUCUCACGUGGGGAAGAUGCGGACAUUUUAAAUGGAUAUGGUCGCGCGCGAGAGUGGAUACCGAACAACAGGAAGACGCGUGAACAACGGAUGCGUGACGUUGACACGUUCUUGUUUUAUGUCCUCGUCUGAAGUCGACGUGUUGGGCGAUUAGUUAAGCCUUACGGAAAGUUCCUCUUUUGUUGGCGUGGGGUGGGCACGCAUCGUCGGACCAAGCGCGACCCCCCGGAACCGCGUCGUGUGUAUUACGAUAAGUCCUCCCGUGGAUUCAAACAUGGGCACCCAGGGCACGGGACGGAAAAGAAACAGCAACAAGGAGAGAUCCACGGCUGAGGACGAUGCCUUAAACCUCAUAGCCAGAGAGGCUGAGGCCAGACUGGCAGCAAAGAGGGCAGCGAGGGCAGAAGCCAGAGAGAUCCGCAUGAGGGAACUUGAGAGGCAACAAAAAGAGAUCUUUCAGGUGCAGAAGAAAUAUUACGGCUUGAAUUCCAAAUCAGAUGACAGAUCAGACAGCAAAUGGGGAGAUAUUGAGCAAUGGAUGGAGGACAGUGAGCGAUACUCACGCCCCUCGCAGACACACAUGCUUUCUGAUGACGACGAGCGGAUGUCGGUGGGAAGCCGUGGCAGCGUGAGGUCCGAUCUUGACGCCGUUUAUGGUGCAGGGGGCUCAUCCUUGCUUUUGCAUAAAUCCAAGAAAAAGAAGAAACAUAAGCACAAAGAGAAGGAUAGGAAUGGCCAUGAUGAUGAGUACAGUGUUCUAUCCAACCGGGCAUCUUACGUCUCCUCUGACUUGUAUAGCCUCAAUGGUGUGUCCACUGGCAGGAACCCGGGGUCAACUGGUUCCUACCAGAACUCCUUAUACGAGGACACUCUCUGCUCCGGGUCGCGGCGAUUCUCUGGCUCCAACUCUGGCUCCCAUCAGCCGUUAGAGUACAGUAGCUACCGCAGGUCCAACUCCAGAACCUCCAGCCGGGCCAAUUCUGCCCAUACCAGCCCAGUGGACAACUGUGGCUCUGUUGCCAGUUUGUUAAGAAGUGCUUCCAGUAGCAGAGGACUCCCCAGAGAUUUGGACGAUGUUACCGUUCCUGAUUUUUCUGACGUAGAUGACAGGGAUUAUCUUGAGAAAGGUUCUCGAGCGGCUUCUGCAUUAACAGCGACAACUCUCACUUCCCUCGGUGGGACUUCCUCGCGAAGAGGAAGUGUCGAGACUGCCAUCACUGUAGAUGCUGAAACUGCCACAAGAGAAAUUAAGGAAAUUCAUGAACUCAAGGAUCAAAUUCAAGAUGUGGAGUCCAAGUACACACAGAACCUAAAAGAAGUCAAGGACGCGUUAACGGAAGUGGAGGAGAAGUAUCGCAAGGCCAUGGUGUCCAACGCCCAGCUGGACAAUGAAAAAAACAACCUCAUGUACCAGGUGGACACUCUCAAAGACUCACUGAUAGAACUAGAAGAACUCCUUUGUGAGUCAAGGCGGGAAUACGAGGAAAAGGUCAAGGACUUUGAACGCGAGAAACAUGCCCACAGUGUGCUUCAGUUCCAGUUUAUUGAAAUGAAAGAUACACUGAAACAAAGCGAGGAGCUUCUAAAUGAGAUCCGUCAGUUGCGUAUGAAACAGGAGGGUUUUGCUAGGGAGAUAUCUGAUCUACAAGAGACAGUGGAGUGGAAGGAUAAGAAAAUUGGGGCUUUAGAGCGACAAAAAGAAUACACAGAUGCAAUCCGAACUGAGCGAGACGAACUCAGAGAAGAGGUGGUGAAGCUCAAAGAUAUUCUCAAGAAACACGGAAUAGUACUGGGACCUGAUCUGAGCAUCAAUGGCGAUGCCGGUGAGACAGAAACAGACGUCACCACCAGUGGAGACACCGCUCCCCAACCGACUCAGGGUUCGCCGACUUCUCCACCGGAGGGGAACAACAUGCUCGGAAGGUCAGAGGAGACUCAGUUGAGAAGUAGUGGAAAGGAAGAGGUGGAUCAAGAACAACGUCGAGAAGUGUUUGAGGAAGACCAGACGAGUCACCUGAGCGCCGAUAGGCUCUCUAAUACUGAUGAGCCGUCAAGGCCCAUUAAAGAAAACGACAGUGGCCUUAGCCAGGACUUGCAGAUUGAACUGCCAGUCACAAAAGCCAGGGAUGAAAUAGUUCUCAGUGCUAUAAUUCAAGGAAAUGCAACAAGUCCUCCUGAAACCCUUCCACGAUUCAACUCUGAUUUGGAGACAGGCACACAAAUAAAUGAUGGUGACAUUGAAGAAAAUUCUAAUGACAUUAUUGAAAAGCCAAACAAACACGAUACCAAUGAGGACAUAAAUGUGAUUAAAUUAGAACCAAUUGUACAAGCUGUCAAAGACUCAGAAUCGUGUCCCCAAGAAGAAGAUAUAGAAGAUAACGAAACAAGUUGCCAAGUAGAUGUUAAUGAGUCGGAAUCAUGUACCGAGGAGGAAACCAAUGAGAUUUAUUUAUGUACCCAAGUGAAUAUCAAAGAUUCUGAAUCUCUUCCCCAAGAAGAUAUAAAAGAUUCUGAAUCAUGUCCCAAAGAAGAUCUAACAGAUUCUCAGCCAUGUCCCAAUGUACAAGGAGCCCAAGAUCCAGAAACCUGUCUCCAAGAUGUCAAAGUUUUUGAAUCACAUCCCCAGGAAGAAGACAUAAAAGAUCAAGAAUUAUGUUGCGAAGUGGCUGCCAAAGAUUCUGCAUCAUGCCCUCAAGAAGAUGUACAAGAUUCAAAAUCCUAUGCCCAAGUAGAUGUCAAAGAAUUUGAAUCAUGUCCUCAAGAAGAUAACCUAAAAGAUCCAGAAUCAUGUCCACAAGUAGAUGUGAAAGAUUGUGAAUUGCUUCGUCAAGAUAGCGUACAAGAUUUUUAUUUAUGUCCCCAAGUAGAUGUCAAAGAUUCAGAAUCUUGUCCCCAAGAAGAUAUAAAAGAUUCUGAAUCAUUUCCCAAAGAAGAUCUAACAGAUUCUGAACCAAGUACCCAAGUACAAGGUGUCAAAAAUUCAGAAUCUUGUGACCAAAUAGAUGUGAAAGAUUCUGAAUCACAUCCCCAAGUAGAAGACAAAAAAGAUCCAGAAUCUUGUCUCCAAGUAGGGGUCAAAGGUUUUGAAUCACAUCCCCAAGACAUAAUAGAUCCAGAAUUAUGUCACCAAUUGGAAGCCAAAGAUUCUGAAUCAUGCCCUCUAGGAUAUACACAAAAUUCUAAAUCCUAUCACCAAGUAGAUGAAGUCAAAGAUUUUGAAUUGUAUCCCCAAAAAGAACUAACAAAUCCAGAAUCUUAUCCCGAAGUAGAUGUGAAAGCUAAUGAAUUAUGUCCUCAAGAAGGCAUACAAAAUUUUGACUUGUGUCUCAAAGUAGAUGUCAAAGAUUUGGAAUUGUAUCCCCCAAAAGACCUAAAAAAUCCUGAAUCAUAUCCCGAAGUAGAUAUGAAAGAUACUGAUUUAUGUACUCAAGAAGGCAUACAAGAUUUUGACUUGUGUCUCCAAGUAGAUGUAAAAGAUUCUGAAUCGCAUCCCCAAGAAGACAUAAAAGAUCCAGAAUCGUGUGCCCAAGAAGGCCUAAAAAAUUCUGAAUCGUGUAGCCAAGAAGACAUAAACGAUUCCAAAUCAUGUCCCCAAGUACUAGUUGUCAAAGAUUCUGAACCUUGUCCACAAGCAGUAGAUCCUGAGUCCAACACGGAAUUGCAGCAUGACACUGCUGAGGCAAGCAGCGACGAGGCAGAAAAAAUCUUAACCAAGCCUCCUAAGAGUGCUAAAAAGAAAAAAAGAAAGAGGAGAGGCAAAAAGAAAGGCGGCUUCCUUGAGGAACAAACUCAACAUAGGGACAAAAAGGAAGAAACUGUGACAAAUCAAGAAAACAUUAAGAUAGCAGGCAGAGGUGUAGCUUCAGGAAACAAUGGGUCUGCUGCAGAAUGUGGCACUGAUGGUCACACCAUUGAAUGCCUCAUAGAAUACACUGCAGGUCAAGUAGAUGUAGCUGAACAGGUGGAACAUGCAGAAACCUCAAAUGUUCAAAAUGCCAAAGAAUCCCAGCUGGAUCAAAUGUUCAAUACGGAUGAGCAAAACGUACAACAUUUAGGAUCUGGAAAAGUACAGAUAGAUGAACCGGAAGCCUUUAUUCAGACUUUUUCUCUCACUUUACCACUCAUUCAGACAGAAACGGAUCAAAAUACAAAUAAACCAAAACAAAGUUUGGAAUCUCUGGAAGUCCAGGAAGGAUGUAUUAAGCGUUCUGAGUCAGAGGUCGUUCACAGUGGAGUUAAUCGUAUUUUUAACUCUGAAAGUCGUGACAAAGACUCCAGUUUAGAUUACACCACUAACGUAGCGAUUCCAAGCCAAGGUGGCACAAGUCCAUCAGGUGUUGUCCAUAAUGAAGGUGAAAUAAGUUCUGAAACUACAAACUGUAAUAAAGACUCUGUACCCAGGUUAGAUGUCGAAAGUCAUGGUCAAAUUCCUCAUGUUGAGCCUUCUGAAUGUCAGAAUCAUGUAUCUGUGAUGUUUACCCAUGACAUUGGUGACAGCCUCCAAGACCCAGAAUGGUCACCGUCUGAGCCGACCGCUGCCGUGAAUUCUGACACCCUCAUCAAGGUUUCUGAGAACGUUCUCGAAAAGGAAACUUUUACAAAGCAAGAGCAUGAGGAGCCAGAAGUAGAGAAUGUGGACAGGUCUAGAAAGGAAUGUAAAGAAUUGUUCAAUUUAGUCAAGCUGGAGAACUCCUCCUGUGACCUCGACAGGGAGCAGAUCCUCGUAGAGACUCAGCCUGAAAUAGAGAAAUUGAUGCAUGAAGAUCAGGUUGUUGAAGCUGCCUCAGACACAAAGGUGCAGACAUCAGAGUCUGAGGAAGCAAGAUGUGAGGUCAGUAAUGACGAAUUAGCCCCUGCAGAGGAACCCAUGGAGCAUGAAAGCAGUCAAGGUGUCCAGAUAGAUGAAGUGAUCACUGGUCUAGGCAUCUACCUACAGGACAGUGGGGAAGAUUUUGAUGAUGAAGAUGAGAAAGGACAUUCCUUUGAUUUUGAUGACAUGGAUAUAGACGCAGCCAUGGAGACACAGUCUGAUGAAAACCUGGAGCAGCGGGAAGUUGAGGCUGGUUUUGAAGAAGUCCGAUCAGAUGAACACAAUGCCGAUAUUAACAGUAAUAUUGAAAGUCCAAAAGAUAGAGAGGUGUCUACAGAUGUAGCCACACCAGAAAAUCCAGAGCACCUACACGUUGAGGUACCUGUUGAAGAAGUCCUUUCAGGUGAACACAAUACCAUUAAUAACAGUAAUAUUGAAAAUUUGCAGGAUAAAGAGGUGUGUACCCAUGUUGCCACACCAGAUAACGGGUUUAAACAUAAUUUGGUUGAUGUGGAAUCCUCACCUGAACAUUUGAGAACUGUAGAUGACAAAGAGCCUUCCAACACUGGAGUUUCAGAAACCACAGACAAAGACAAAAUCCCCCCUCGAGCUACGUCUUUACCAGUAGAAGAAGCAUUGGAUGCCAUUGAGAAACCGAUAGACUUAAAUGCAACCCACAGCAACAGAGAGAUGCCACUCUCUGGAAAAGAUGGGAAGAAAAAUGGCAAGAAAGGCAAAAGCAAGGGCAAGGAUGACUGCAAGAUGACUUAGGGCUUAGAUUUCUAAUGCAACAUGCAGUGUUUUUCGUUUGUUUGUUUUUGUUUUUUUUCUGUUCAGGCAGGACUUUUUUCCUGACUUUUUUUUCUGUUCAGGCAAGACUUUUUUUCCUGACUUUUUUUUUCUGUUCAGGCAGGACUUUUUUCCUGACAGCACUUUUUUCCUGACUUAAUUGAGAUCUAGUUUAUCAAUGGACAUGAUAAAAAAUUGUUUCAGUUGUACAUGCCAAAAAAAGAGCAAUUAGAAUGCGAAUUGCAAGUUUUUUCAACAAUGGUGUUACAUAUUGCACCACUUUUUGAUGAGUGAUGUUUUGGGUUCAAAAGUGAAAGUAUGUUUUCUGCUUCUCCAGACGCAGCUACUUAAUAGCUCAUGUAGUCCACUUUGCUUUGUGUUUGUGUAAAGUGCUAGUGCGCAUAAUUGUUUGCCCAUGUGUAAUGUCACGUCAGUUUGUGUUGGUGUCUUAUUUAUGCUAAUAUGAUAGCUAAUACUAUUGAUGAGCCUCAUGUGAAGGUGGUUUAUUUGAGUUGAAUAAAGUAACUAAUGAA